AUGACUCUCGGACAUAUAAUCAUCUCGAUGUGUUGGGUCGCUGGCACAAUUGUGGGUUUUCUACCGUUGUUUGGUUGGCAUGUGAAGCCCGAAAACCAAGCGGAUAUGAGCUGUCAUUUUGUCAAAGUAAUGGAUUACAAUUAUUUGGUCUUUCUGUACUUUGCAACCAUAAUAACGCCGGCGUUGCUAAUGUUGGCUUUCUAUACGCACAUCUAUCGCGUCAUCGUCAAACAGGUACGCCAAAUAGUCACAAUGAAUCCGACGAGUAAUAGUAGCCGCCGUUCUUCCAACACACAAGUCCAAAUAACACCUGGCCGCCCACAUGGCGGCACUAUGCUACGCGUCUUAGGCGCUUCACGCAAGCGCGAUGUGAAAGCUACCCAAAAUCUCUCCAUAAUUGUGUUGUUUUUCAUGAUCUGUUGGUUUCCGCUGUACACGAUCAACUGUAUCAAAGCGUUCUGCCCCGACUGCCAGGUGCCUGGGAAGCUGACACUUUUCUGCAUUAUACUCUCUCACCUCAAUUCGGCCGGCAACCCUGUGCUGUAUGCAUAUCAUUUAAAGGAUUUCAGACUGGCUUUGAAAAAUUUGCUUUUGAAGAUAAUUGGCAUUGAGGUUGAACCAGUAGUGGAUCCAAUGCAUCGCUUCUCGUUGGCAAGUCAACACCGCCUACAAUCGAUAGAGGCGAGUUUGCGGAACUCGCUGCAACCACGCAUUUAUAUAGAUUCUCCCAUUUGGUUACGCCAGCAACAGCAAUCACUCAAGAACUCGCAAUCGACGCCAAAAUGCGGCGUUAUAACACCUUGCCUAAACAACAUUAACCAGACGGUGACCGCUGUGGCUUCUGUGCCCGCUGAUAUUGGCCGCGAUAUGUGGAAUAUAGUGGAGGCCUCAAGUGGCGCCGAGCUGGAAGGUAUCAACUACGAAUAUCCCAUUGGAAGAAGCGCGAAUACGCCGCCUACGCCCGCAUCCCAACAGCAGCGUCGCGGCUCUUCUUUCGGCAAUGCCUACAGUCCUUCCUACUCCUACAACAACUGCAACUACUACAUCAGUCCCGACGAAUCCGAAUUGGAUGAGGUCUUUCUACCAACAAUCUCGAACAGCAGUGGUAGCAAUAGUGUUGAUAGCGUUAGACCAAACGGCCGGUUGGGGCAUGCCCGAACAAGUGAAGAAAUCGCGCACAUCAUGCGUGAAAAAUUGCGCUCCGAUGACACGGAAUACCAGACACAGAUGCGGUGUAACCAGCGCGCACUCACCGACUCUUCAUAUAGUGAUUGUGAUAUGCAAAAGAAAAGCGCUGGUCAUACACCGCCAGCCAAGGGCCGAUUGCUGAAGACGGCACAUCAACGCCGGCUAUCCCAACUGGAUGCUGUUGAGCAAUCACGCCGCGGUUGUAGCACUGGUGAUACAGAUGGUGGCGGCUUCGGCGGUGGUAUCGGUUCCUGUUCACGAUCUACUUCCAGCUUAUCAGGACUCAGCAAUGCGGGAGUUUAUGUCGUUGAGAAGGACACGAGUCCGUUGUCGCCACCACGAAAGCGUAAAUUCAAGAAAGCGCAACGCCUGCCUAUGAACGGAAACAAGGCGGCUGAAUCAAGCAAUAAUAAGACGGCAUCUGGAGUGAAUAAAAACAGUCGAUCAUAUUCCUGUACCAGCGAGUCCAUGUCCACGCCCACCAAAGAGGUGGCGAAUGGCACAAAAGUGACGCAAACGCCGCCGGCAAACACACAUUCCAACAGCGGCAGCAAUGGCAAAAAUGCGCCCAAAGCGCCUACCCACAAUAACAGUAACAACGGUAGCAAUAAUCAUAACAAUUACAAUUUUAAUUGUCACGCGACAGAGCGGCAGCCGCAUACGAUCCAUUGUCAUGGUCACGACAACACAAUGUCAUAA